ACAUCAGCAACAAAUAUGGGUGGCAAUAGCACGGCCGCCUUUAGUAUUGGCGGCUAUAUGGGUGGCAGUGCCGGGAGUACGGGUAGUGCUGGUGGUGCUGUCGGUGGCGGUAAUUCCGAUUUAGUACCAUCCAGCAGUGGCCCUGGUAGCGGUAGUGGCGGUGGCGGAUCAUCAUCCACACCGGGUAUACCCUAUGCAUGCGGCAUUAGUUGGGAUGAAUUUACCGAGCGACAUGCCCGUGUUGCUGCUGCAGAUUUUGCCAAAGCUUGUAUUUGUUUUAUAAAUGGUGGCCUGUCACCGGACGAGGCUCGUAAUCUAACCUUUCGGAAUUUUGGUCAAAAAUUUAUCGAUUCAUUUGCCGAACACUAUGAAAAGGAGUUUCUGCGAAGAAGAAGUAAUUUGAAGGUCGGCAAUGGCGUUUUAGAGGAACCCGAAUAUACCGAAGAACAACCAAAAAUCUUUCCAAAAACAUUCUUUCGACGAUUGUCAUUUAAGGGACUGAGAAAGGGCAAGACCCUAUCACUAUUUCACAAAAGUUCCGACGAGGAGGAGGCAACCAAACACAAUAAGAAAUUUGCCAAAAUAUUGGUCGAGUGCAAAAAGGAGGGCACCGUCAAUAAUCUAACACCGGAAAGUUUAGAUCAACCGACUGGCACACAGAAAUGGGAAAAAUGUCGACUGCGUUUGGUGAAGGCAGUUGGCGGAUUUAUGCUGGAAUUUUACAUACCACCCAAGGCGGCCAAGCCUCGUUGCGGUGUCUUUUGUUUCCUAAUCUCGGAGGCUCGCGAAACCACAGCCCUGGAAAUGCCCGAUCGAGAAAAUACAUUCGUUUUGAAGGCCGACAACAAUAUGGAGUAUGUAAUUGAAGCUCAAAAUGCCGAAGAUAUGCGUGAUUGGUUGGACACCAUACGGCUGUGUAUGCGUACACCACCCACACAACAACCUACCACAGAUACCGAAGUAAUGGCCGCUGCCAUGCAAGCAUCACCUAUUAUAAUUAAUCCACAGAGUGCAGUGGCCGCCGCCGGCGGUAACACAGCUGGUCUACUAAAUGCCGUACAAAAUCCCCAGUAUCAUCAACAGAAUGCCAUGGGCUCAAAUGGUAAUGUGGCGCCGAGUAGUUCACUUUCUGAAAAUGCUCUCUCUUCCAUUGCGGCAGCAAAUGCGGCGGGUCUUGGAGGAGGUGAUUCCAUCAAUGACAUUGCCUGUAAUCCUGCUGCACACAACAUCUCCGAUGUACCACAUCGGCGUGGCGAACAACGUCUUUCCUCCUCCAGCAACAUCGAACCAUGCGACGAUUUCGUAGACCCCGAUGCGGAUGUAAAUAUUGCCGAUGUGAGUAAUGAAAUGCGACAAUUCCCCUGGUUCCAUGGCACACUGCCGAGAUCCGAUGCCGCCCGUAUGGUAUUACAGAAUGAAGCUCAAGGUCAUGGUUUCUAUCUGGUGAGACAGAGUGAAACGCGCAAGGGCGACUUUGUUCUGACGUUCAACUUCAAUGGACGUGCCAAACAUUUACGCAUGACACUCUCCGAUGAUGGCCAGUGUCGUGUACAACAUUUAUGGUUCCCAUCAAUACAGCAAAUGUUGGAACAUUUCCAUGUCAAGCCAAUACCAUUGGAAUCGGGUGGUACUUCAGAUGUUACCCUUACCAAAUUUAUACAUAAUCAAGGAGUUCCUUAUAAUAUGACGGCGACACGCCAUCAGCAAUUGCGGAAACGGCAAAUACAAUAA